GGCUCGAGCCUCGUUUCUCUGGUCCUGGGGCUCGAGCCCAGCGUUGCCAGAUGAGCGAGAGCCAUUGCACCUCGACUGGAAAACUUGGAAUGAACCAUUGCUGCAUGAUGUAUAAAAUGAACGUCAUACUUGAUCUGUCUCCUCGAUGUAUUUAUUUUAACGAGCAUUUGAGCAUAAGUUAUUGUUAUGCAAGGAUUUAACGUACCAAAAAGAUGAGUGGAGGCUACUGUUUUCACAGCGUAACUCAGCAAUUGAAUGACCACCAUUCUUAGAACAUGAGAGGAUUCCCUGCACGUCUGAUCUGAUGCCCUUCUCUUACCUCCUGAAUUUUGGAUUACCGACACUACACAAGGAUGGAGGGCCGAGAUUUCGCUGCCCCCGCACACCUUUUAUCUGAGCGGAGCGCAUUGGUGCAUCGUGCCGCGACUCGAAUCUCUUCAGCAGGCCACAGUUCUGUCCAACACACCAGUCAUUUUCCAGCCGGAAAGUACUACCCUUCUCACAUACAGAUGCCCUCACAUUCAGGCAGUGGACUGGUGGGAAACUCUUCCUCCUCCUUCAUGGGCUCCUUCCUGGCCGGUGGUUUGGGCUCUGCCCCGUCUCACCCUCCGCACCCCUCAAGGCCUCCAUCCUCCCCCUCCUCUCACUCCAGCACCUCACAGAUCUGGUUCCCCCACUCACAUGAGGCAGCAACAGGGUAUCCUCGUUUCUCAGGGACGCUCACCCACACCUUCCUUCCCAUGGGCCCUUUGGAUCACCAUGCCAACAGUGGCGUCCUUUAUGGCCAACACCGUUUCUAUGACACCCAAAAAGAGAAUUUCUACUUGAGAGGGCUUUCCUCUCAGCCUCUCCUCUCAGCCAAUCACAGCAUGCCACCAAUCUCCAGGACGGGGCACGGGGGAGGGGCUAGCGGAAAAACUCCCGAGCGAGGCAUGUCCCUGUCAAGCAGGCAAAAGGAGCCAAUCAGCAGCAAGCAGGAAGCCAAGCAAAGACAACAGCAUCAGUCCCAUCAGCUCCAACAGGCACAGACUACGCAGAAUGGCCAAGCCCAGCACCAACAUUCACACCAACCCCACCCCCAACCCCAGCGGCAGCACCAGCACACUCCACAGCCCCCUCAUCCGCACCAUCAUAGCCACCACCACCAACACGCCCAGCACCCCACACUCAGCAUGGAGGGCGGCAACAUGCACCCAACAGCCCCUCCCCCUCAGGCUUUGGCCACGCCCCUCAGUGCCUGCCUGCACAACAGCAAAUCUCCCAGCAGCCACUGUGGCAGUGUCAGCUCCAAGAGCGCCAGCUGUGGCGAGGGUGCCGGGGGCCAGUUCCCAGACCGCGUGCGGGGAGAGAUGAGGAUAAGUGAGCAGCCCAUGGCAGACUGUGUUCAGCGUGAGCAGAACAUCCAGCACUCGCUGGCCUACGCCCUCCCACACACACUGCCUCCUGGGGGCGGCGGGCACCCACGAGGCUUCCACUGCCUGCAGUUCCACCCUCACAGCCACUACAACCCCCCUCACCCAGACCUCCUCUACUCCCACCCACCUGCUCCCUUACCCAACCCCCCCAUGCCCCACAGGACAGGCCCUGCAUUGGCUGAGCAGAAGGCAGCGGUGCCAACGUUUGGGCCAACCGCGGGGCCAGCUGGGGAAAAGGCCAAUGGGUCUUUUCAGCUCGGCAGCCCUGAGUGUCAUGCUAUUAACAGUGGGAGUGGCAGUGCCAAAGAAAAGUCUCUGCAGAAGGGCAGUGGCAGUGAUGGGCAUGCUCAGGCAUGGCACAGGAAGCAGAUGCCCUACAGGAAGGCAGAGAAAGGGCCAGACUGGGCUCUUAGCCAUCAGCAGCAGCAGCAGCAACAGCAACAGCAACAGCAACAGCAACAGCAACAGCAACAGGAGCAGGCUCAGGCCCAGGCUCAGGCCCAGGCUCAGGCUCAGGCUCAG